CCCGUUGUCAGUCAAAAUUGUAACGCUAAAUCAAAUGACAAUGGCGAUUACUAAAAAGAAUAUGCAAUAAUUUACGAAAUGCCGUAAUGGCGUCACGAAUCUCUUCCAUCUGUGAUUGAGAUAGUUCGACAAAAUAUAUGACGUGACGUUGAAGGAUGGUUGAACAUUCUGUAUACCUAUAAGAUCAAUAAGAAGGAAUAGUCAAAAAAUGAUCAUCAGAAAUGUUACAAUUUAUGUGACUGAUAACACAUCCCAUAAAAUAUGUUUAUUUCGGAACAGGUGUAUAGAAAGAACAAGAGAUAUCCUAGACAAGAAAAACCAUUUAAAAAUGUUCUUUAGGGGUAAAAGUUUUAAUUGCAAUUGUCUUCAAAGCUGCGAUCACAUUCACUAUUAUUAUUCAAAAACAGCAAGCGUUGCUUGGCCAGCAGGUACUUUCCGGAUACCUAAUCAUACAAUUGAGGAAAUCAGAAAUAAUUUUGCAGUUAUGAAUAUAUAUUUUUCGUCUACCAGGUAUCCGAAAAUUACCAAAAAGUUGAUAUAUCUUUUCAACGAUUUACUAGCAAACACUGGUGGACUUUUAGGACUCUUUGUAGGCUUUAGUCUUCUUAGUGCUGUAGAAUUGUUCUUCUAUAUGUUCUGGUUAAUAUGGAAAUCAUAUUUAAUGAACAACAAAAUAAACAACAGAUUUGACAAGAAUAAUGACAGUCCCAUAUACCCAUAUAUUAAUUAGAAAUUAUAACACACUGGUAAACUGAAAAGAUGAUCUGCUUAAUACAAAUUUAAAUAUUCAAUA